AGAAAUUUUUCUGCGAGAUAGGGGUCCAGGAGAUUUGGAGAUCUGCGCUGUAAUAUACAGGCUUGAUCGAGACGUAUUUGGCCGCUCCUUACCUUUGGUCUGCGCUUGUGAACUCGCCUGUUCCUCUUUGAUCAUCUUGUUUUGUCCUUCAUCGACCCAACCAAGGAUGAGGUUCCCUAGCUACACCUUGCAGGCACUGGGGAUUGCAUCGAUUCUACCUCACGCCCAGUCUUCACCCACCCAGCGCCCCUUCAACGUCGGUCAAGAGGUCAGCACGACAAGUGGAAUUAUCCAUGGCCACGCAGCGGCGAACCGGACAGAAGUAUCGGAGUAUCUCGGCAUCCCCUUCGCCCAGCCGCCGCUUGGGGACCUGCGGUUCGCCGCGCCAAAACGCUUCCGAUCCAAAGCGCACUUCAAUGCAAGCUCGUUUGGGCCAGCAUGCUUGACCUCUGUGACGCAGGCCAACUACAGCAUCCUGACGGACGAUGGGUACCACCUCGCACCGACGGCGGAGGAGUAUUUCAAUGUCAUCCAUGAGCAUGGCAUCGCCCUGGGCGAGGAUUGCCUGACGCUGAAUGUGUGGACGAAGCCGCAGGUGGGAGAAAAGGCAAAGGCGGUGCUGUUUUUCAUCUACGGCGGCGGGUUCCAAGGGGGUUUUACCAGCGACCCGUUCACAACGGGCCAGUUCCUUGCCGACGAGCAAGACGUUGUCAUCAUCUCUGCAAAUUACCGCGUGAAUGUGUUCGGAUUUCCGGGCCUGCAGCCCGAAGUGGCUGGCGUCGCUCCCAACGCUGGCCUGCUGGACCAGCGACUGGCAAUCGAGUGGGCGCGCGACAACGUGGGCGCCUUCGGAGGCGAUCCGUCGCGCAUUACGCUGUUCGGACAGUCCGCGGGCUCAGCAUCCAUCUCAAUGUACGGCUUCGCGUACGCCUCAGAUCCCAUCGUACAUGGCUUAAUCACGCAGUCCGGCACGGCGGACGGCUUCGGUGUGGCGCCGCCCAACUCCACGGCGGCGUGGCAGUCGCUGUCGGGCCUGCUGGGCUGCGGUAACGUUACGUCGUCCGCCGAAAGCUUGUCCCGAAGUGUGGCAUGCGUGCGGUCCAAGCCCGCCGCUGCUGUGCAGAAUGCCCGCCUGCAGGUACCGAUGAUGGGAUCGGCGCUUGGUGCAUUCGCUCCAUCCGCCGAUGGUCGCACCGCCUUCGCUAACUACAGCACGCUCACAACCGCAGGCCGCUUCGCGCAGAUCCCGCGACUGCUGGGCAGCAAUGCACAGGAGGGUGGGUCCUUUCAACUAGAGUUCGCAUGGCAGGGCCUCAACCUGCCCACUGUCUUCUGGGAAUGGUACACCCUCGUCUUCUUCACAUGCCCGACGUCCACCGCGGCUGUAGACUUCGCUCGCACCGCGCCGACCCAGCCCGUGUGGCGCUACAUCUUCCAUGGUGACUACCCCAACACACAGCUUACCGUCAACCCUUCUGUCGGUGCUUUCCACGGCUCCGAGCUAAGUCAGCUGUUCGCCACCUCCCCCAUGCUCGGCAUCCCGGACUCCCCUGCUGAGGCCGCCACCGGCCGCCUCAUGCGCUCGGCCUGGGCUGCCUUCGCCAAAGAUCCCCACGCCGCCUUGACCAAGCCGCCUUUCCGCUGGCCUGCCCUCCCGUCCUCGCGAACCGCUGCUGCCCAAACGGUGCUGCUCGGCCUGGGCAACGCUACUUCGGCCGUCUUUAAGCCUUCGGCUGCUGGAGAUGCGUCAUGCCCGAUGGUGAUGCCGGCAUUUGAGGCAAUCGGUGGCCCCAUCGGCCUGCUUACGCUUGCAGCGGGGGCCGGCGAAGCACUGCAGGGCAUCCAAGAUGGGGACGUUGCCGCUGUGGCUCAGGCUCUGCUUCGGCUUGCCGGAGUAGGAGUGUCCGGAAGAUAGAGACGAUCGUGGUGGAUGCAGCGGUUUAACCUUUCGUUAGUGGUUCAAAUACUACCUUAUAAUAUAGAAAAGUGCCAGCAGCCGUCCAAACUCCCUACAUUCUGUGGGUGUGCUAAACACUGUAUAUACAUAUCUAUAAAUGACUUGGAAAUCGACGAGCUUUGUGGCCAAGCGGGAAGUAACUGUGAAAGGAAAAUAUGUCUAAAUCUAGUCGUUUCCUAUACCAAGGUUGUUUUCAAAAGUAUUUGACUAGCGGGCUAGCUAGUAAUUCGCUCUUGUGUCUAGAACGGACGUUACUCAAACUAUAUCGUAAUUCGUUUAUCUUUAGAAAUUUUGUUAUUCGUGUUGAGGAUUAUUCGGGGAUAGGGGAGGUGGUCUUGAGCGGUAUAUAUGUAUACUUGCCUCCAUAUUUCCUUGCUACACCCUCCCAGCGUUUCAAACAG